AUGGGGGCGAAGAGGGUGAUGUAUUGGCGGCAGCCCGCGGCGCAGCGGACGAUGAAGACUUACCUCGCGCUGAGCGAGGCGGUGCGCGCGGAGCUCAACCCCACCGACUCCCGCGUCCACAGGUGGAGCGCCGAGGUGAGCGCGCGUCGCAAGAACGUCAACGCGGAGGAAGGGAUGUUCGUCUCCCUCACCGCCGCGGGCGUCGCCGACGAGGUCUUCACGUGCACGCUCGUGGACCAUCCGGAAACGUCGAAAGAGACGUCGUCGGCUCCCACCGCACAACCCAACGAGAGGCAGGUGGUCGUCCUGCGCAAGGAGCGGGAGGUGAUGGAGGGAACGACGAGGGUGAAGGAGUACCUCGCGCGAUGCAAGACGCACACCGUCGCGCACAGGAGCAAGGUGGACGGCGUCGGGUGGUGGUGCGGAGACUACGCCGUGAGGAUCGGGCGGGUGGAGAACGCGCAGGGGACGUACGCGGGGCUGGUGUGCGAGGUCGAGUACGCACCGGUUCGUGACGUCAACGUCGCGGAUGCGUUAUUGGCAGAGUACGCGGAGGCGAUUGGGGAGUGUCUGCGACGCGCGGCGGGCGAGUCUGCUGGCGCCGGUGCGCUCGUGCACGUCAACACGGGGGAGUGCGUGGGGGCGUACGGACUGGGGAACGUCGCGUUCGGUGACGCGCACGCCGCGGUCGCGUACGUGAGCACGGUCAUGACCAUGCAGUCGGGAGGACUUUAG